AUGAGGGCACUAUGGCUACCCACAAACGGGAGACGCCUCUACAGCAUAAAAAUUGUUGACAAGGUAACAAAGAAAAGUGUAAAAAUAUAUGAGCAUUCUUUGUUUGGGCGGAAUGGGAAGGGAAAGAAAUUCAAUGAGAGCUGUCCACAUGACGAUGGUGAGAGUACCUUCCCCACUGAUGAAGGAUGUACGUCGGUACAGAACCAGAGGGGGGCCCCCAUAGUGGGUGUCAAAAGUGAUGUGUGUAAAGUGGCCAGAGGGAAGACGUCCAUUUUUUAUGAAAGCGAAAGAAUUAUUAAAUGCGAAAGUGGAGCAGGUGGCGACGGAGCUAUCAGCUUCAAGAAGUUUAAACGGAAGGUGUUGGGUUCGAUGGGUAUACCAAAUGGGGGAAAAGGCGGUAACGGUGGUAACGUGUACUUAUGUUAUUGGGACCCUAAAGGGGGUGGUCCUCUAGCGACGAAAAGGAAGCGAAGAGGUGAAGACAAACAUGUGUAUGUCAACAAUUUAGCAGAGUUACCAUGUGUUAUUUCAGCCACCAAUGGAUCAAAAGGAAAAGCUAAUCAACUGAGAGGGAAAAAUGGAAUGAGUGUUUUUUUACAUUUUAAUAAAAUGUGUCAUGUGUAUCGACUGUUUCCACGUGGGCAGGAGGAAGAAGGUACAUGUGGAGGAGUGGCAGACUCGAAGUGUACACAUGAACCUUUGCACAUGUUAAGAGGACACCGAUACGAUACACGAGGGACCCCUUUAGGUGAUGAACAAAGGGAUGUGCUAAUGGUGGGCACGAACAACCAAUUGCCCACCCCGCAUGUGAAAGAACAUCACGACAAUUUACUCACUUACAAGUCCCAGUACGAAGACAAAGUGUAUAAGGUGAUAAAAAAAGAAGACCCCGUUUAUGUAAAAAAAAAUAUGCACAUUUUAAAGCAGCUAAUCAGGAUGGACAAAGAAGUGGGCAGAGAAAUAUACAUCGGCAUGUUAAGUCCAAAUAAUAAUUCACUUCUACUCUCCAAGGGAGGAGAAGGAGGUAAAGGGAACAACAUGAAAGAUACUUACACGUAUGGGAAAGGAGCAAAAGGGACUACUUCUUACAUUAAGAUCGUUUAUUCAUGCAUUAGUGACACUUGCUUUUUAGGGUUUGCCGGGUCGGGUAAGUCCACUCUGCUCUCCCUGAUCGCACCGAAAAUACACACGGUGAAUAACUUGUAUGUGCUGAAAAAGAUUUUCUUCAAAGAUAACUUCCAGGUGUCCGUCGCGGACUUUUCUGGCGACUGCACGGAAGAUGGAAGGGGCAUAUCGGAUGGAAGUCUCAUAGCAGAGCAGAUCCCCCCCUUCCGCAUCAGCUCCAACGUGGCUCAGCACUUGGAACUCGUCCACCUCUUCGUCAUCGUCCUGGACAUGCAUCGCGAGCUGAUGCCCCAGUUUCGCGCCAUUAGGGAGGAACUGUGCUGCAAGGACGAGCGUCUAUUCCACAAGCCGUACAUCGUUGUCAUAAACAAGUGCGAUGUCCAUUUCACGGAGAAGAUCAAGCGGGCGGAGGAAGCCUACCGGGACAUAAAAGCCUAUGGCGGGGAAGACGUCCCCGUUUUCUUCAUCAGUGCCAAAUACGCAAUGGGGAUUGACAAAUUCGUUACACACCUGCGGACGUGUGUGCAAAAGUUGAAGCACGCCAAAUGUUGA